AAUUUAGGAUUGUCACCCUUCAUUAAUCUUAACAAUGACGAUGUUAACGAAGUUUUGCUUCUUAGUCAUGAUAGUAUAUUCAAGCAACCACAAGAUCUUGAAAAAAUAAUCGGGACUCCAAACACUACUAUUUCAAGUGAGAUAUUCGAUCAUCGUGCGGACGAUCAAGUACCAGUUAUGACUCUUAAAAGAAAACGUGGUCGACCUAAAACAAUUCCAGGAAAUACGUCCACAUCAACUGGUGUUGAUUUGCGUGAUCAAGUGCCACCUACCAAUCAAAAGAAAAAACCUGGUCGACCUAAAAAAAUAUUGGCGAGCACUUCUACACAAUCC